GCCGGGGCGCGUGCGCAGCGGCGGCCCCGCGCAUGCGCAGGGGGGGCGCCGAGAGCCGCACCGGAGGCAGCGCGGGCGGCAGAUCCAAUGGCUGUACCACCGACGUACAGUGACUUGGGAAAGUCUGCCAGGGAUGUGUUCAACAAGGGCUAUGGAUUUGGAAUGGUCAAGUUGGAGUUGAAGACCAAGUCUACCAGUGGGGUGCUGGACUUCACUGCUACUGGUUCUUCCAACACGGACACGGGCAAGGCCUCAGGCAGUCUGGAGACCAAAUACAAGAUGAAAGAACAGGGGCUGACGUUCACCCAGAAGUGGAACACAGAUAACACGUUGGGAACAGAAGUUGCUGUGGAGGAUCAGUUGGUUGGAGGAUUGAAGGUGGCUCUUGACACUACAUUUGUACCGAACACAGGGAAGAAGAGUGCAAAGUUGAAGACCUCCUACAAAAGAGAAUAUAUAAAUGUAGGCUGCAACAUAGACAUUGACCUCGCUGGGCCAACCGUGUAUGGCUGGGCAGUGUUGGGCUAUGAAGGUUGGCUGGCUGGCUACCAGAUGGCUUUUGAUACAGCCAAGUAUAAGCUUUCACAAAAUAACUUUGCCUUGGGAUAUAAGGCAGGAGACUUUCAGCUGCACACUAAUGUGAAUGAUGGCACCGAGUUUGGUGGGUCUAUUUAUCAGAAGGUUAAUAAUAACGUUGAGACAUCAGUCAAUCUGGCAUGGACUGCUGGCAGUAACAACACACGUUUUGGGAUUGCUGCAAAGUACCAACUGGAUGACAAGACUUCUCUUGUGGGCAAAGUGAACAAUGCCAGCCUCAUCGGACUCGGCUACACUCAUGUCCUCCGACCUGGUAUUAAACUGACCGUCUCAGGCUUGAUUGAUGGCAAGAAUUUCAAUGCUGGAGGUCACAAAGUUGGGCUGGGAUUUGAGCUGGAAGCUUAACACACCUGUAAGUAAAACAACUGGUGGUGCUCUGGAAGGUGAAGGAAAAGUAUACCCAGUGUGUUUCGGCCUUAAUAUACUCUGAAAUUUGAAGAAGUGUGAACUUUCUGCUCUUCCAAAGAACGACUUUAACCCACUGCUGAAGGUCCAGAGAGUGCCAGCACAACAGAGGAAGACACUUGAAGGCGUGCAUGGAAGUUGUGAUGUUUGUGCCACAUUUCAGUUUCCUGUAUUUUAAAUCUGUUCCUAAAAAAACAGAAGAAAAUCCAACCUCUCCCCCUUAUUGUAUUGCAUUUUGCAUGUCCUGUACUCCACAGCCUUUUCUAAAAGGUGGUCGCUGUGCUGUAGUGGAAAUUUGGGUUUACAUCGGAAUGAAAUAAAUUGGUCCCAGUCGGAACA